AUGAACGCGACUCUCGAGAAGCCUGCACCGGCGCGUGCUGGCUCCACAAUCACAGCUGUCGAUCCGCCGCAACCAACCGUUACAUCCACAGCACCAGGAACCAUCCCCUUGACUCCACCCGAGACUCUCACUCAUGAGACACCUUCAUCUUCCGAACAAGAAGGAACAAUUGCUCCGUCUCGAGAUGGCGGCCCACAAGCAUGGCUUGUGGUCGCAGGAUCGUUCUUAAUUCACUCCUUCGCCUUUGCGCCUACUGAGUAUAUCUUUGGAAUCUUCGAGCACCAUUACCAAGAAGUGUACCCAAGCUCCAAUGCAUCUUCAAUUGCUUUUGUGGGUACUGCAGGAUCUGCUGUCACCUACCUUGCUGGAUUCUUGGCUGGUAUUGUUGCCGAUCGCUUCGGAUUCAGACUGACAGCUAUUACAGGCACUCUGCUGAUGACCCUGUCCCUCGUCCUCGCGUCUUUUGCAAAGCAGCUCUGGCAACUGUACCUCACUCAGGGUGUCCUUUUCGGAAUCGGCGCAUCCCUUGCAUAUUAUCCUGCCAUUGCGGUGCCAUCGCACUAUUUUACCAAAAAACGCGGGCUCGCUACUGGUCUGGCGGUCUCUGGAGUUGGUGCAGGAGGCUUGAUCCUUGCUCCCUUGACCCAGUCGCUGAUCGAGAAAACUGACAUCUACUGGACUCUACGCAUCCUUGCGUUAUUAUGCCUCGUUGUUUGUGGCGGCGCGAGCAUGCUCAUUGCGGAGAGUAAGGUACAUGUUGAAGUUUGCCGCUCGGUGACUGAAGCGGACUCGAGUGCUGAAAAGGGCGUAGUAAAAGAGACAUCUAAGGAGAAACCAUCCUUCUUUGCGGCGUUGAAGGUGUUCAAGGACCCACGGUUCCUCUCCUUAUCCCUGGCAGAAUUGGCUGCAUCAGUCGGUUUCCUUAUUCCGCUGUACUACAUGCAAACAUAUGCUGUGUUUGUGGGUGUGCCCGUCGAAAAAGGCGCCCUGAUUCUCGGCCUUUCCAAUGGAGCAUCCUUUGCAGGCAGAAUUCUACUUGGCCUAAUCUCGGACUAUUUUUCGAAUGUUAAAGUCUUGUUCAUUUGCUCCUGGUGCACAGCCUUCGCGGUCAUGGUUCUCUGGACUCUUUCGAAGUCCUUUGGUACUCUGUUGCUGAUGGGCUUGGUCUUCGGUUUCUUUGCAGGUGGUUAUAUUUCUCUCGUUCCAGUUGCAGUGGCACAGUCCUUUGGCACGAAGCAGAUCGCAUCCACCAUCGGAUUGAUGUACGCGGCAGGUGGUAUAGGCAUGCUGGGAGGAGCACCGUUGGCAGGAUUUCUUCUGGAUGUUACUCGGCCAAAUAUCUCCUACCUACCUGUUACCCUAACAGCAGGUGCCACCAUGACCCUAGGCGCGCUGUGUAUCACAAUCUGGGCGUACCUGGAUUGGAAGAUGAAUCGUGUACGACGUGUCCGGACCAUGGAUACCUUAUAG